GAAAACGGCAUAUAAAAGCCCGCGCGCCCGGCCGGGGUGGCCAUCAUCACCACCGGGAGAGAGAGAGAGAGACCGUGGACGGAGCUAGCAGUAGCAGGCGGGCCGAUCGAUGAUGGCGGCGCUCUCCUCCCUGGUCCUCGUCCUGCUGCUCGUCGCCGUCGCGACUCCGGAGGCGGCGGCGGCGACAAUCACCAGGGGCGACUUCCCCCCGGGGUUCAUCUUCGGCGCCGGCUCCUCCUCUUACCAGGUUGAAGGUGCGGUCGCAGAGGACGGAAGAAAACCCAGCAUCUGGGACACGUUCACACACUCAGGGCAGUUUGUCGACGGUGCCACUGCUGAUGUGACUGCAGAUCAGUAUCACAAGUACAAGGAAGAUGUAAAGCUUUUGAGCGACAUGGGCGUCGACGCCUACAGAUUUUCAAUUGCCUGGCCUCGCCUUAUUCCCGAUGGCCGAGUAGCUGUCAAUCCAAAGGGACUGGAGUACUACAAUAAUCUUAUCGAUGAACUCCUGGCUCAUGGAAUCCAGCCUCACGUCACGAUAUAUCAUUUCGACUUCCCUCAGGCUCUUCAAGACGAAUACAACGGCAUGCUUAGCGGAAAAUUCAUAGAUGACUACACGGCAUAUGCAGAAGUGUGCUUCAAGAACUUUGGCGACAGGGUGAAGUACUGGAGCACUGUCAAUGAGCCAAACGUCGAGCCCAUCGGCGGAUAUGAUACGGGUGUCCUCCCACCGCAGCGAUGCUCAUUCCCCUUCGGCGCCCUCAGAUGCGCUAAUGGCAACUCUACCACAGAGCCAUACAUAGUAGCUCACCAUCUUCUCCUCGCACAUGCCUCAGCAGCGUCUCUAUAUAAAGAGAAGUACCAGGCCAAGCAAGGAGGAAAAAUUGGACUCACAUUGCUCGGUUGGUGGUACGAGCCUGCGACGCAAACACCUGAGGAUAUAGCAGCAGCUGAAAGGAUGAACGACUUUCACAUUGGAUGGUAUAUGCAUCCGUUGGUGCACGGAGAUUACCCCCCUGUGAUGAGGAAGAAUGUUGGGUCCAGGCUACCAUCUUUCACCGCUGAAGAGCUAAAGAGAGUGCGUGGGUCUUUUGAUUUUGUCGGAUUUAACCACUACAUCGCGUUAUAUGUGAAGGCUGAUCUUAGCAAGCUGGAUGAUGAGCUGAGAGAUUACAUCGGUGAUGCAGCAGUGAAAUAUGAGAUGCCAUUUUUUAACUCGAAGAACCAGCUCCUGUUUGGGUUGAAAAGCGAUUUCCAGUCGUCGACACCGUGGGCUCUGAAGAAAAUGCUGGGGCAUCUCCAGCUCAAAUACAAGAACCCUGUAGUCAUGAUCCAUGAGAACGGAGCUGCUGGGAAGAACACCCCGGAUGACGACGAGUUCAGGUCGCAGUACCUGCAGGACUACAUCGAGGCGACCCUCGAAUCCAGCAGGAACGGGUCCAAUGUGCAGGGCUACUUCGUGUGGUCAUUCCUGGACAUGUUCGAGUAUAUAUUCGGCUAUCGCAUAGGUUUUGGCCUCUAUGGUGUGGACUUCAACUCUGAGGAGAGGACGAGAUACCAGAGGCACUCCGCCAAGUGGUUCACCGGCUUCCUCCAUGGCGGCGAGCUCAGGCCGGUGGCUCUGCCCGGCAAGGUCUAUUCCCAGUGAUCAUGUCACACUUCUUCACGCUUCCGUAUCCCACGAGGAGGAAAAUGCACUAAUAAGCCUGGAUGGUUAGGUAUUGUUUUUGGAUGGAAAUUGAGCUUUGCUUGGGCAGUAGGGUGUAUAGGCAUCUGCUUCUUUGGAUUUGAUUCUUCCUAAUAUAUACUAGCCUAUCCCCGCGCGGCGGCACGCCGCGCCCGUCGGUGUGGUUAUAUAUGCAAUUAUGCAUUGUGUUUAUUUUUCUGCAAUAAGAGUGUGACUAUUUUGAAAUAAGAGAUUGUUAUAUGAAA